UGCAACGAGAAGAAAUUAUCAGUCACACACGUUAGAUUCUCCUCCAAUAAGAAGGAACGAAGGAAUCAGCAUCCACAUAACAAUAAUAAUACCAAUAAUAACACUAAUGGGCAGAGAGUAUUAUUGCAUAGAUGGGGGACUCGCGCUAAUGAUACACAAAGGAGCGGUCGUACUGAGUCCUUAACCAGACAAAUCUUAGAUUCUGGAUUUCGUCGCCCACAGGUUCGCCCGAACGUCUUUCCUAGUACAACCCAUUCCUUCUUUGGUAGUUCGUUAGAACCCAUCAGAGUGAAUAGGAAUGAUGAGGAGCCGGACGCCAACGUCGAAAUACCGGGAAAUUCGGAAGGCGAAGCGAACGUUGUAAACACCACCAUUCCUCCAAGUAUUGUCCCGUGGAUCAGAUCUACCAGGCGAUUAGACACCACUAGUAGACACCGGACGGCGACGCCAACGUCGACAUCAGCACCAACGUCGGCAACGACUCACACGUCCAGGAGUAGUUCGACGAACAAUAAUUCCACAGACGAACAAAUGGCCAGGAGAAUUCAA